AUGGCCAAACACGUUCGUAUUCUCCUCACCAAUGCCUUCACUAUGUCCAACAAAAUUGGCGAGCUGCAGCACGCAGUCCGUACACACAACAUUGAUGUCGCAGUAGUGACGGAAAUGAAGUAUGGACAGAGCACUCUGGACUCUGAUACACUCGUACCUGGAUACACAGUAGUUCGCAAAGACCGAAAUCAGGCAGGAGGUGGUGUAGCUAUUUGGGCUAAAUCAGAGCUCUGGGUUACUCAGCUCACCCAUGUCGCUUGCGGCUCACAGGAGGUGCUGUGGGCAUCAGUGUCCACGAACGACGGGCGCCGCACUGUCCUUGGUGCUAUCUACCGACCAGAAUCAUGUGCCGAGACUGACACUUCUCUCAUGGAGUACCUGGAAAGUGUUCUCGACAAUGUCCGGCACCUGGGGUCAAACCUAAUUCUGGCGGGAGAUUUCAAUGUGCAUAACGCUGGAUGGCUGCAGAGCAUUAAGACAACUCCUGCUGGAGAGUCACUUGAGGUGCUAUGCGCAACCCACCAACUCGCCCAGCAUGUGCCACAUGCCACUAGGGGAUCAAACACCUUGGACCUAAUCCUAUCCGAUUUUUCCACCCCAGUGUCCACUUCAAUCCAUGCUCCCCUCGGGCGGUCCGAUCACGCUGUAGUGGUCUCUAACUUCCAAGCAGUAGACCCGAGGCGGGAACCUACCACCUCCCGCAAGGUUUGGCGCUAUGCCUAUGCCGACUGGAACCGGCUGAGGGCACAUUUCCGUAGGCUAGACUGGCCUUCACUGCUAUCCGAUGACCCCAAUCAAUCGUGCGAAAGAGUGACUGCUGCCAUUCUUUGCGGAAUGGAGCAGUAUAUUCCCUCCAAGGUACUCGUUACCCGGCCAUCCGACCCGUCUUGGUGGACACCAGAAUACAGCUCCGCUGUCGAGGCCAAGGAGAGAUGUUGGAAAGCAUGGAGGAGGAACCUUGCCAAUAAUGUCCUGAAGGCCUCCUUUAUUGCCUCUGUCGGCAAUGCUGCUCACACCUUGCAGUCAGCCCGCACUGCCAGUGACAACCGUGUUCGGCGGCAACUAAGCUCCCGGUCCCUCAGUGACAAGGAAUGGUGGUCUAAUGCUAAGAAAGCAGCAGGAAUCUCCCGAUCAUCAAACAUACCCCUGCUGAUCAAUAACGACGGAACAGAGUAUCACUCAAGCAAGGACAAAGCUAACUGCUUUGCUCGAUAUUUUGCCAACAAAUGCAGCCUCGGUCAAACGGAUCUACGUCCCGAAGAUCUACCUGACAUGCGUACGAGGCUCUAUCCAACAUUCGCGAGGUUCGUCGUCGCCUGGCCAAGUUGGAUACCUCCAAAGCAACGGGCCCAGACGGGAUACCAGCUCAAGUAUUGA